UCUGUUUCCUUCCUUAAUUGUCAAAGACAAUUCCACGUAGUUUAGAUGGUUCUCACCAUUCAACGGAAUUGCUCAUAAAAAGCAGUGAAAUGGAACGUAAAUAUGAAGAGUUUAAUGCAAAACAUGGUCCUUUAUUCCCGAAACUCAAGCAUAAGGAUCGUCUGAAUUUCGAGGAAGCUUCACUUACUACGAAUAAAUGGACAACAAAAAUAUGUAAGAAGGAUGUGGAGGCCUUGCCAAUAAUUUUGGAAAAAGACGAACUCGAUCUCCAGGUUUCAGAUGAUUCCAGUACAUCAGAAGAAGAAAUCCCUGUAACUGAGGAAUCAGAUAGUGUUGAAGAAUUAGUGGCUGAAAAUGUUCAUUCAUCUGAACUGGCCGCCUCUGACGUCAUUGCUGAGCCGUCGGCAAGUGGCACUCAGAGUCAGUCAACUUUGAACGAUGAAUUUUCUUGCAUUUUCACUAAUACUGUCUCGUCGGGUCAUUCUGUCCGUGAAUAUGAAUUCGAAACGAUGUAUAGCAAUGAAUUUUUCGCACAAGGAAAUGCUCAAAAUGUUGAAACUGUCUCGCUUCAAUCUGUUGAAUCCAGUUCUGAUGAAGAAAUGGACGACUAUUUCAGAUUCAGAGUUUUUCUUCCCAAGAAAAGAUUCGGGCAAGUUUUUUCUCAUCUUCAAGCUGCUGAAGCCAGGACUGAACUUGUGGUCCCAUCAGAAAGGCCUUCUGAUAUUUCUUUGCCUAUUCCUGGGCUGUCUAGAGAAGAAGAACAGACCGAUUCUUUGAAAUUAGAUACAGAUAUUACAUCAUCUGAGUGCGAGAUGAUCUUGGGUACCAUGGAAGCUGACUUCUCUGAUGCCUUGGCUCCUGAUCAAUAUUUGCAUACUUCUUCUUUGAGACGUGUUGCUCGUCCUUUGAAUAUGAGAUAUGCUUCUGAAGAGGUCGAUGACGAUUCUGUCAAAAUGUUGUGCCAUGCAACAAGCCUCAUGAAUUUUGGAAUUGCUGAAGGUGAAGCUGCAUCUCAAAAUGAUCCAAUCGAUUCAGAAGAAUCGAAAGAUCCAGUCGAAGCUUCAGAAGAAGUUCCAGAACUUGCAUGUUCCCUUGUACAUAUCAGGGAAUACCAAAAGAUGAAAGUUAAGCCCAGCUCUCAAAUUCCGUCAGGCUCAUCAGAACCAUCGACUUCUCAACAAAAAAUCGCUGGACCACAAAGUGACCCUGGAAACGUAGCAAUUCGUACUCGUUGUGGAGUUCUUGAAAAGAAGAAACUCAAGAAGAAGCCUGGAAAAGGCAAAAUGUCCGCCAAAGCUUGGUGGAAAUCUAUGAACUUCAAUUUGAGAUGGAACAAACGACGUGCUUCAGAAGAAGAUACCGAUGAUGAUUCUUCUGAUUAGUGUUCUUCUGCAGAAGCCAUUGUUCAAGUGUUCUUCGUUUUUGCCUGUUUUGUUUUUUUAGUUCGUUUUGUUUCACGUUGUUUCAAGUUGUUUGAAUUGUUCUGUUAAUUGUUCUUUGCCGUUGUUCAAUUGUUCUUUGUAUUUCGUUGUUUGAUUUCGAAUGUUAUGUUCUUGUAGUUUUUAAUAAUGUUGAAGUUAUUUGAAUUGUUCUUUUCCGAAUAAAGUUUCGUUUCUAGUA